AUGUUCGCCUAUUUGCCAGCAAACCCUGCUCUACAGCAGAAGCAUAAUCUUCGGCACGAGGCUGAUACAAUGGAACUGCCGUUGAGUGGAGUUUCUAGCCCAGAUGUCACAGAACCAGCAGACGGCAGUGGCCCUUCCAGGCCCAAGAAGAGACUGCAGGUCCGCCAUGCGUGCCUGAGUUGCCGGACCGACAAAGUGAAGUGCUCCGGCGUCCAUCCCAUGUGUUCGCGMUGCAAGACGCGCAGUCUCGACUGUUCCUACGAUGUACCUCUAGAGAACAUGACCAAGAUGCAACACUUGCGUAGCAAGAUCACCGAACAAGAGCGCCGUCUUGUCCACAUCGGUCAAAUCUUCGACAUCUUGCAGAACGGAACAGACUCGGAGGCCGCCGAGGCAUUGGCUCGCCUCCGUAUGGGAGAGAAGAUGGAAGAGGUCGUCAACAGCAUGCGACUGCGUACGAGUCCAACGAGAGGCUCGAAAUCGCCAGAAACAAUGGUGUCCGCUUGA